AUCGGUCUGGACAAUUAUUUACACCUGAAUAAUGAUACUAAGAAACUUGAAUAGACAUUAGGUUGAAAAUGUGCAUUUAAAAUGUGAUAUUUAAUAUUUCGAGCCAUUGUACAGCGUGUAAAACUGCGUGAGUAGUUGUGUUCGAGCGAGUCGUCGUUCAUUCAGGGCAGAUGAGUCGAGCGCGCAUUGAAUCGUUCGUCAUUUCUGCAGUAUGGCGGAGGACAAGGAUCCUGUGACCCAGCUGAAGGAUCUGGCUCAGCUCAAAGACCAACUGGAGGAGAUCCAGAAGAAGGUGGAGAAUGAGGUUCAAGCUGGAAUCCCACAGGGUGGGUCAUUAUUAGCGUCUCCUUUCCUGAAAGGAUUCCUGGCUGGGUAUGUGGUAUCCAGACUGCGUUCGUCUGCCGUCUUAGGAGUCGCUUUGGGAACGCUGACAGGAAUCUACGCUGCUCAGAACUAUCAGGUGCCCAACAUUGAGUCUUCCAUACAAGACUUCCUGAACUCUCUGAAGAAAGGACCCAGUGAUUAGAAGUGGACGGGCGACCGGAAUCGAAGUCAGACGGAAGAGGAGAACAUAAACCAUUGCUGCUUGCUUUUGUGUCAUUCAUCGUCAUAUCGAAGCUCUUUCCCUCAUGAACAAAACUGUUGAUUUAGAAAAAACUGAGUUUUGAGGUAGAUAUUGCAAGUGUGGAUUGGACUUUAAUAAUGAAUACUGUUAUGAAAAAUGGUCAUCAUGUAGGGCUGCACGAUUAAUCGAAAUAAAUCCCCAAUAGUGUGAUUAUCAGAUCUCAAAGGCUGUGAUUUAAAUAAAUAUAUGCUCUGUGUGUUUCAGAGUGAA